AGUUCUUAACAAACGCGACAAUGAAACGGUUGUCAAUGCGGAAAAUCUAAUGCGAUUUUAAAAUAAAUAAUUGAAAAAACAUAAAGAAGAAAGUAGUUAUUUUUUGAAAUCACAACAAAAUAUUGAAAUGGAAAUUCUCUCUCGAGGAGACCAUAAAAUACAACAGUUAACACAUUGCUGGCAAUUUGAAGUGUAAACAAAAAAAAAAAAAAUUAUAAAACUAUUCGCGAGAAAAAAGAAAAUUUGAAAUUGAAAAAAUAAUUUGAAAACGCUGAUUUUGCAAAAAUCUAGUGGUUGUUUUUGAGAGAGAAUGAGCCAAUAAAAUUUGUAAAUAAAUAAAACGAAAUUGCAUUGCUUAGUUGGUAUUAAAAAAAAAAAUUGGUUGGAGAUAUUUGCCAAACAAAGGAGAGAAUAUAUUUUCAGAAUUUCCAUCUCAGUGAUAAUGAAAAUUGUAAAUAAUGUAAAAUAAAUCUCAGUUUUAAAUGAUACCCCGCGGCGUGACACGUGAUGGUGUUGUAAGUUUCGUUUAGUUAUUUUGGGGUAGAAUAAUUGUGUGCGUUUUGGCAAUAAAUAUUUCCGACAAAAAGUGUUAAGUUUAUGGCAGAUAAAAACCAAAAACUUCUCCUAAACACGCUUCUGCUUCCCUUCCUCCUCUCGCUUCCUUAGAAAAAAAGAAACAAACCUCUCAUUGUUAUAGUUCUGCACGUGAUACUCAAGGCGCGCGCAAAGUUCAAACUUAAAUCCCUUGGCACGUACACGGUGUUUGUCUUUAACAAAUAAAUACAAAAGAAUUAAAAAAAAAAAUAAUAAAUAAAAAAUAAAAACAAACAAAAAAUCCUAACGCAGUGUUAGAACAGCAACAGACCUUGUUAACAUUCAACACGACGAGAUUGCAACAUUCCAAAAGACGCUACAACUUCAUUCCAAGACGAGAACCCCAACCAAGUGGUGGUGGCAGUUGCAACGAAGAACAAAACGACAUAUUUACAUGCCACCACAAUUAGCCAGGCUUGAAGCUUUUAAUUAGCGCUCAAAAGAACAUCAAAGAGCACAACAGCAAAAAAGAUCAAAAAAAAAAAGAUUAAAAGGACUUAUCCGGAUUCAGUUAUAUUUCCAAUAUAAAUAAAGGUGAACAAUUGUUGAGAACAAGACAAAGCCAAGGAUCUGAAGUCGAUAGCGAGCUGCAGCAGAAAAAAAACAGACGAAGAAAACUGGAAAACGAUUUCAGGCAACAAACCGUUCAACAAGCGAAUUAAACGAGGCCAAUGAAAGUUAGCGAUAACGGGGCACACACAUACAAAUAUCGCAGGAGAAGUGGGUAUUCAUAAAAAGUUAUUAAGGCGAGCACACGCACACACAUACGCUACCAGCCAAGGAUACUUGCAGAAUUUCACACAGGUGAUUCAGUAAAAAAUUGAGGAAAGGUAUACAAGAAAAUAGAUUCGGAAAAAAAGAAAAGAAAAUUCGGUGGAAGGAGAAGUGAAAGCAAACAAGGCAAUGCAAAAUGUAAUAUACCAAAGUGCAAUCCAUCACAUUAUGGAUAAUAAUGAUGGAGGUGGUGGUGGUGUUGGUGGUGAUAACGAUUAUGAGGACACCCACAAUGAUAAUUAUGUUAGCCAUCUCGGCCAAGAUGUGGAAGAAAAUGUAAAUUUCCAACUUCAUACUCGAAUGACCAAAUGUGUUGGCCAAGCCAAAAGUAAACGAAGACGAAGUGAUGGUUUCGCCCAGAUUCAGUCAAGCAAUAAUAAUUGGCAUAAUUUCAGUAGGAGCAGGAGUAGUCAGCCACCUGCCUCAAUGUCAUCCCACCUUUUACGUGCAAUAACCACAGCAGCAGCAACUAUUGCCUCGGUGACGGCGGCGGCCACCACCACUGCAGAAACCAUGGCGUCAUCAUCAUCAUCCCCCCCUGGAGAGGAAAGGCUCAAAUUCGUUUAUGACAACUCAGCUGCCAUGGAUGAGAACAUCAUUAAUAAUACCCUAAUUUAUGGUACAUCACUGUCAGGCGUUUCGGCAGCCACAUCGUAUAUGCUAUUAAAUGACUCAUGGCUCAAUGCCUCAUCGCCUUUCUCAGCAUCGUCGUCGUCAUCCUCUUCCUCAUCUUUAGCCACAUCCAUUGCACCCGCUUUGUCCACCUUGAAUACGGAGGGCGUUAAUGUCACCUCUACGGCCAAUUUCGAUGAUGAUUGGUCCCACUUCAAUGAUCUCAUUUUAUCCUGGCAAGGUGUUUGUCUGAUUGCCGUCUUCUGUGUCUUAAUUGUGAUCACCAUUAUUGGUAAUACGCUGGUCAUAAUGGCCGUCAUUACCACGAGACGCCUUAAAACGGUUACCAAUUGUUUUGUGAUGAGCCUGGCGGUGGCCGAUUUUCUGGUGGGCAUAUUUGUAAUGCCACCAGCCGUGGCGGUGCAUUUGAUAGGUUCUUGGAAACUCGGCUGGAUUUUGUGUGAUAUCUGGAUAUCGUUGGACGUCCUGCUGUGUACAGCAUCAAUUUUAAGUUUGUGUGCGAUUAGUGUGGAUCGAUACUUAGCUGUCACCCGGCCCUUGACAUAUUCACGCAAACGUCGCUCCAAACGUUUGGCUCUCAUCAUGAUACUCAUUGUUUGGGUACUGGCUUUGGCCAUUACCUGUCCGCCCAUUUUAGGCUGGUAUGAACCAGGUCGCCGUGAUUUAAGUGAAUGCCGUUACAAUCAGAACGAAGGAUAUGUGAUAUUCUCGGCCAUGGGGUCCUUCUUCAUACCCAUGGCCGUGAUGAUUUAUGUCUAUGUCAGGAUAUCGUGUGUGGUGGCAGCACGACAUGAUAAUAUGACCGAUAUUAGUAUACAUAAUAAUAAGAAAUUCAAACGUUACACAUCGGCCGAUGUGGAAAAUGAAUUGGAUCCCGAUAUCUCGGAAUUAGAUUUAAGCUCUGGACAAAAGAAACAGGCCGCUGCCCGCACUCUCUCCAAUCAAACGUUGGCCAAGGAGUUGCACGAAAUAAUGGCUUCCGAUAAUGAGGUCACCACCCAAUGUCAUUCGCUGUUGGCCACACCAUCCUCGGCAACGGUGCCAUCGAAUAAAAACGGUUGUUAUGAACUGACCAGGGCCUCGUCAAUGCGGCGUACACCCACCGGCUCUUCGAACAUGACGCUCAUGACGACCACAACGACAACGGGUGGUGGUACUGCAACGGCCAGUACAAAUAUCGAAAAUCCCUGGACAUUUGCCCCUAAUCCUUCCACAACAACCACCUCCACCACCACAUCAUCCUCAUCCCAGCCACACUACCAACAACACUCACAUCCCAACAAAGCCAUGCGUACGCACAGCAUACGCCACCAGCACUAUAUGAGUGCCCCGCCAGCCACCCUAUUGGCGGUCACCUCCGACAUCAUGGCCCCAGGCAACAAUGUUGCCACCUCAAUACUGCGUCAACAGUCACAACCCAUCACCAGCAUGACGGCCGUGGUCAGCCGUUCGUCCCAUCAUUCGCACGGCCACAACUACACCAAAUCUCUAUCGAAUCGCAUUACUUCGCUGAAGAAGGAGAACAAGACCACCCAGACGCUGAGCAUUGUUGUGGGCGGCUUUAUUGCUUGUUGGCUGCCGUUCUUUGUCUAUUAUCUGAUAACACCAUUCCUGCACGAACACCAGGUCAGUCGCACCCUGGCCAAGGGUUUGACUUGGCUCGGCUGGUGCAACAGUGCCAUCAAUCCAUUCAUCUAUGCAUUCUAUUCGGUUGACUUUCGCGCCGCGUUCUGGCGUCUGACCUGUAAGCGCUUCUUUUCGGCUUCCAACAAACCGCAGUUUCCAGGCAACACAAUGUCGAUACGACGAUAGUUAAGAGCACCCCUGUACGAUUAAGUGUUUUAGGAAUGAUAAAAAAACAAAAACCUAAGAAAAAAUUGAAAAAAAAAAAAACAGAAAAGGAAAAUUAUUAGACUUAAGACUCAAUUCAAGUUAAUAGAAGUAGAUGAAAUGAAAAGAAAAACCAAAAAAAUAAUAAAAACAAAAACAUAAAA